AAUCCAUCACAGGUCACACUACAAAUUAUUGGAGCCUGCUGUUCCGCACCUCACUCAGUUCUGUUGGCUUGAGCAGCACCGCAUUGUGUCAGAACGUUGCACUGAGCAUCUGAAGCAAUGGCUGUUGUUAGUGGAACAUUCCGGAUGGUGUCCGAGGAGGAGCAGGCCCUCAGGGCUAAACUGGAGCACCUCACGGUCAAAGAUCACGGGCCGGUGUUCGGACCUUACGCCCAAAUACCUGACCACACGGUGCAGAAGGCUAAAGAUGAGCUAAAUGAGACAGAUGAGAAGCGAGUGUCAGCUGUAAAGGAGCUCAGAGGUAUUAUCAAAGAGAAGGCGGAUUCUGGAGACGACCUUGCUAAAGGUGUUCAGGACACUUUUGGGGACAACCCCGAUAGUGUGCUGGUGAGGUUCAUCCGUGCUAGGAAAUAUGAAGUAAACAGGGCCUAUGAACUCAUGAAGGGAUAUGUGCGCUUCAGGCGGGAUUACCCUGAACUCUUUGAAAACUUGACCCCAGAGGCUGUCCGCAGCACCAUCGAGGCCGGUUACCCAGGGAUCCUGUCCAGCAGAGAUAAAUAUGGCCGUGUGGUGCUGCUCUUCAACAUUGAGAACUGGGAUUAUGAGGAGAUCACUUUUGAUGAGAUCCUCAGAGCCUAUUGCGUGAUCCUGGAGAAGCUUCUGCAAAAUGAUGAGACUCAAAUCAACGGGUUUUGCAUCAUUGAAAACUUUAAGGGUUUCACCAUGCAGCAAGCCUCUGGCAUCAAGCCCACAGAGCUGAAGAAAAUGGUGGACAUGCUGCAGGAUUCUUUCCCUGCGCGUUUCAAAGCAGUGCACUUUAUCCACCAGCCCUGGUACUUCACCACCACCUACAAUGUGGUCAAACCCCUGAUGAAGAGCAAACUGUUGGAAAGGGUGUUUGUUCACGGUGAUGAGCUGGAGAACUACUUCAAGGAGUUUGAUGCUGAAAUCCUGCCUUCAGACUUCGAUGGGAAAGGCCCCAAAUAUGACGGAAAGGUCACAGCAACACAACUCUUUGACUAAGCACUUUUUAUCUGUGGCAGUACAAGCACGCGACUGUGUGUUAUUUUAGUUGUAUUGUAUUACAGAAUGAUUGAAUGUGUUUUUGUUUUUCUGAGAGUGAACCCAG